AGAUCGGUAUAUGUUUUCGAGUUUUAUUUCAGCUAAAAUGUUAUUUUCUCUUUCAGUUUAAAUCAUGUAGUAAAAGUGCAUACAUGUUCAGUAAGUGUGUGUUAAAGGGAAACGUGUGUGUGAGUGUGUGUGUGAGUGUGUUUGUGUGGUUGGUCACUUUCCAUACACUUGCAAACACUUGUUUUUUAGUGUUUGAGAAUGAGACAUGGAUUUUCUUUACACACAGCCCGUGUCGUCUACCAUUUCAACAUCUCCGAUAGCGGAAGAGGAGGAUGAAGACCUGAACAAAGCUUUGGGUGUUGAGAGAUUUCAGCAGAUUCUCAGCCCGACUUCACGUGAGCCUAAGGAGCACCGACACUACAGCGAGGAGGACUUCCUGUAUCAUCGUCAUUCGUCACAUCACACCCGUCACCCGCUGUCUAAACACAACGAUGGCCGGAAAAAGAAGACUGGGAAAAAGAAAAGGGGUAAAGAGACACACCCGAGUGUUGAUCUCAGUGUGCAGGAAGAAGUGGAAGAGGAAGAAAAGCACAGUGACAAACCUGAGGGUGAGAAGCAGGAUGGUGUGCAGUUCUUCCUGUACGAUGACGAGGUUUUCCUUGUGGAUAGAGAAAACGCAGCGGAGAACAAACCCACUAUUACAGCAACACACACAGACAAUGCUACUGCAGAUGGGAAGCUCACACACCCUGAGACUGAAACACACAAUGACAACACAACAGUGUCUAAUUCCUCUAAGCACCACAUUGUGACCAUCAACCCAAGCUCUGUGACAUUUCACCCCAGCACUUUGACCUCGUCCAGUCCGACAGGAAACAUGACAGGAAACGAAAGUGCAAAAUACGAGAGGAUUCCUGCAGACGAGGCAGAGACACAAGCGCUUGGCUCAGCCAACUUGGAUGACAUUAAGACUCACCGCUUCGUGGAUGUUCCUGCCGUGAGGAGACACCUGAUGAGGAAAAGCACCAAAUCCACCACAGUGCACAUCAAUAAAGAUCACGCUGAGCCGAGCACACGCAGUCGCAAAGUCGACCGCACACCACACGAGGUGUUUGUAGAGCUGAAUGAACUGAUCGUUGAUAAGAACCAGGAGCUGCAGUGGCGAGAAACAGCACGCUGGAUUAAGUUCGAGGAGGAUGUAGAGGAGGAAACACACCGCUGGGGAAAACCACACAUCGCCUCACUCUCCUUCCGUAGUUUACUGGAGCUUCGCAAAACUAUUUCACAUGGCACAGUGUUGCUGGAUCUAGAACAGAAAACAUUAGCUGGAAUUUCUCACCAAGUCGUUGAGCAGAUGAUCAUCAGUGACCAGAUCAGAGCUGAAGACAGAGCAAACGUACUAAGAGCAUUAUUGCUGAAACACAGUCACCCGUGUGAUGAAAAAGAUCACAGCUCGUUCCCUAGAAACAUCUCAACAGCCAGUCUCGGUUCAUUAAUGUCUCAUCAUCACCAUCAUCAUCACCAUCAUCAUCAUCAUCAGACAGAGAUUUCUGUCACCGAGCCACUGAUGGGGAACACAAACACAAAACACGACAACACACAGCACACACACCCUGAUACAGUUGAGAAAGAAGCGACUAUGGCUGCUGGCAUGCACAGAUCAAAAUCGAAACACGAGCUUAAACUGCUGGAGAAAAUUCCAGAAAAUGCAGAAGCCACAGUGGUACUUGUCGGCAGCGUUGACUUCCUGGACCAGCCCACUAUGGCUUUUGUUCGCUUGGAGGAAGCCGUGUUACUGGACUCGGUUCUGGAGGUUCCGGUUCCUGUGCGGUUCCUCUUUAUUUUACUGGGACCAAACACCUCCAGCAUGGACUACCACCAGAUCGGACGCUCAAUUUCUACACUGAUGUCUGAUAAGUUGUUCCACGAAGCUGCGUAUCUAGCUGAUGAUCGUCAAGAUCUUCUGAAUGGCAUCAACACUUUCCUGGACUGCAGCAUUGUACUUCCUCCAUCUGACUUUGGGGGCGAAGACCUGUUGCGCUCCAUCACUAAGUUCCAGAGAGACAUGCUCAGAAAACGAGAGGAACAGGAAAUCAACAUGAUGAACAAUGAGCAGAAGAGCCCAGAGGAGAAAGAGUCUCUGUUGGCACUCCCCGACCGUGGUGAAGACGACGACCCCCUGAAGCGUUCAGGGCGACCUUUUGGAGGUUUAGUCCGAGACGUGCGACGCAGAUACCCAAAAUACAUCAGUGACUUCACAGAUGCUCUGAACCCGCAGUGCAUGGCAGCCACCAUAUUUAUUUAUUUCGCUGCUCUUUCUCCUGCCAUCACGUUCGGAGGGCUGCUGGGUGAGAAGACAGAAGGUCUGAUCGGUGUAUCAGAGCUCAUCAUUGCUACAUGUAUACAGGGAGUGCUAUUUUGCCUGUUGGGAGCACAACCACUGCUGGUGGUCGGAUUCUCCGGACCGCUAUUAGUGUUUGAGGAAGCCUUCUAUACCUUCUGUAAGAGCAACGAUUUGGAGUACCUGGCAGGUCGGGUCUGGAUUGGGUUCUGGCUCAUCAUAAUAGUGGUGCUCAUGGUAGCUUUUGAGGGAAGCUUCCUCGUUCGAUUCGUCUCUCGUUUCACUCAGGAGAUUUUCUCGUUCCUGAUCUCACUCAUUUUCAUCUACGAGACAUUCUUUAAACUCUUCAAGAUAUUUAAGGAACACCCACUGAAGCGCUGCCCGCUCCUCAACGAAUCCAUGUUAAAUGACACUGAGAGCUCACUGGUAAUCUCACUGGAAGAGAAUUUUAUAUCCAACUCAUCAGCAUCAAACAGCAGUUCAUUGGUGCCGGAGAGGAUCGUCGGCGAGCCGAACACAGCCCUGCUUUCUCUGGUCCUCAUGGCAGGAACGUUCUUCAUCGCGUUUUACCUGCGCAAAUUCAAGAACAGCGCCUUCUUUCCAGGCAAGCUGCGGAGGGUGAUUGGAGAUUUCGGUGUUCCCAUCGCCAUCUUUAUCAUGGUGCUGGUGGAUUAUAGUAUUCAGGAUACGCACACGCAAAAGCUGAGCGUUCCUUAUGGUCUCUCUGUGAGCCCUACGAGAAGGACCUGGAUUAUUAACCCUCUAGGCUCUAAGAACUCUUUUCCUAUCUGGAUGAUGGCAGCCAGUGUACUUCCUGCACUACUUGUGUUUAUUCUCAUAUUUAUGGAGACACAAAUCACCACGCUGAUCGUGAGUAAAAAGGAAAGAAUGCUGGUUAAAGGUUCAGGGUUUCAUCUGGACCUUCUGCUGAUUGUGUGUGUUGGUGGAACCUGCGCUUUGUUUGGCUUACCCUGGAUGGCGGCCGCGACCGUCAGGUCCGUCACGCACGUUAACGCGCUUACUGUGAUGAGCAAUGCCGUUGCCCCUGGCGACAAGCCUCGAAUUCAAGAGGUCAAAGAGCAAAGAGUCACAGGACUGUUGGUGGCCUUGUUAGUGGGUCUCUCUAUCGUGAUUGGUAAUGUGUUGAGUCUGAUUCCUCUCGCUGUGCUAUUUGGGAUUUUCCUCUAUAUGGGUGUGAUGUCACUCAACGGUAUUCAACUCAGCGAAAGAAUGAAACUGCUGCUAAUGCCAACUAAAUACCACCCAGACGAAAUCUACGUCCAUAAGGUGCGGACGCUGCGCAUGCACCUCUUCACUGGGGUGCAGUUGGUGUGUUUGGCCAUUUUGUGGGUGGUCAUGUCGACGGCAGCGUCACUCGCUUUCCCUUUCAUCCUCAUUCUGACCGUACCACUUAGGAUGUUUGUCUUACCACGGAUAUUUAACCCACUUGAGAUGCAGUGUCUUGAUGGCGAUGACGCAGAGCCCACGUUUGAUGAGAAAGAGGGCGUGGACGAGUACACAGAGAUGCACAUGCCCGUGUGAUACGCACAUCUGCUUAUUACACUCAUCUUCUUCUUCUUUCUGUCCAUCCACGCAGAGGGAUUUAACUCACGUCAAUUUCACUGCCAGUAGAAAUAGGAGUGAAGAAAGCGCUGCUGCUCAGUCUUAAUCUGGAAGAUCACAAAAGUUCAAAUGUUAUAUUCCAUUUCAUCUCGUGCUUUGUUGCCAUGACAACAAUACAUUUACAUAUCGAAACGAAAAAUCUAGGUGACUCAAAACGCGCAACCAACAAGUCGCUUCCCAACAAAGUAUUAUCAAGUAAUCAAUAUUAUCAAGUUAUCAAUGUUAAUUAAUAUUAACAAUUAAGAAAAUAUUGAAUGUAUUUUAAUAUAUCGGAAUUUAUGUGAAUCUAAUGUUAUGGUGUUGAUUAAGGGUGUGUGUGUGUGUGUGUGUGUGUGUGUGUGUGUGUGUGUGUGUGUGUGUGUGUGUGUGUGUGUGUGUGUGUGUGUGUGUGUGCGUGUGUGUGUGUGGGUAUGUGUA